AUGUAUCAACUCAAUGCACCUUCAGUCAAAUCUCAAUCGUGUCCCUUUGGGCAUGACAAGAGUCUUCGUAUCGAUAUACACAUGGGCUCUCACAUAUCAAAUUCGCCAGUAGCAAUACCGUUAAAUUUCCAAGAAAGUUCACAGGGAAAUCAGACGGAACUUACACCCGCCCUCAGUAUUGAUGCUCCCUACCUGGCCAUGGUUCCAUCAGAACGUCCUGGUAAUACUGGCCAGAGUAUGGACACAUCACCCUAUUCUGUACAGCCGCAUCAGAGCCAUACAAGGCGCUAUCGAGAAUACACAAAGGCCGCUAAGACCCCAAUUGUUACUACCGAGAAAGCGGUAGGAGAUAAAGAUACCGCCCAGCUCCUAUGCUCACUACCGGAUGACUUCGGCUACAGUCUACGGAAUUUCAUGGUUGUGGAUCCGGUACUGGAUGCAAAUGCAUUGUAUGCGAGAAUUGCAGUUCGCGAGGGACAUGCCAUGGUUGGCCACGCCUGCACCCUACCCCAACAAAGUCUCAAACCAAGAGAUGAUUCUGAAAGAACGGAUCAAGGAAUUCAUAAAGAUUAUAUAGUUGGCAUAAGAUGGUGUGAGGCAGCUACGUAG